GAGUAAAACAUACCUAUUUGAAGAAUUUUUGUUUAGCUGGCAUGACAAAAUGAGGAAGAUGGAAGAACAUACUGUAAUGACAGUAAAGUUGCAAAAAGAAGUGGACAAAUAUAAAACAAUAAUUCCACUUCUAAAAUAUGUGAGAGGAGAACAUCUUUCUCCAGACCAUUGGUUGGAUCUCUUUCGUCUUCUGGGUCUUCCCCGAGGCACUACACUUGAGGGUUUAUUAUUUGGAGAUCUGCUAAAAGUGACUGAUGCCAUUAUAGAAAAAGCAACAGAACUUAAGGAUUUGAAUUGUCGAGCCCAAGGUGAAGUCACAAUCAGAGAAGCAUUACGUGAGCUUGAACUCUGGGGAGUUGGAGCUGUCUUUACAUUAACAGAUUAUGAAGAUAGCCAAGGCAAGACUAUCAGGCUUAUUAAAGACUGGAAGGACAUAGUCAACCAAGUUGGAGAUCAUCGCUGUCUCCUACAGUCCCUCAAAGACUCUCCAUAUUACAAAGGUUUUGAAGAUAAAGUGUCCGUCUGGGAAAAAAAGCUGGCUGAGUUGGAUGAGUAUCUGCAGAACUUAAACCAAAUUCAAAGGAAAUGGGUCUAUUUGGAACCAAUAUUCGGUCGUGGAGCUCUACCCAAAGAACAGCCUCGUUUUAACAGAGUUGAUGAGGACUUUAGGUCUGUUAUGUCAGAUAUCAAAAGUGACAAUAGGAUAACAUCACUGAAUGCCCGGACAGGAAUAAGAAACACCUUAAUUACCAUACUUGACCAGCUUCAGAGAUGUCAAAGAUCUUUGAAUGAAUUUUUGGAGGAAAAGCGCUCAGCAUUUCCAAGAUUCUAUUUCAUUGGAGAUGAUGACUUAUUAGAAAUUUUAGGACAGUCCACAAAUCCUCUGGUUAUCCAGUCUCAUCUUAAGAAACUUUUUGCUGGCAUUAAUAGUGUGAACUUUGAUGAAGAAUUUAAAUACAUAGUUGCCAUGAAGUCUGUAGAAGGAGAAACUGUGCCACUUAGAAAUAAAGUUCUUCUGUCAAACGAUGUGGAGGUGUGGCUAAACAGUUUGGCUUUGGAGAUGAAGGAGACCCUGCAAAAAAUGUUAAUUGACUGUGUUAAUGCUGGAAAAAAAUCACAAGCUUUUAAGAUGGCUAAAUUUGUUCUUAAGAGUGAAUGUGUGGCUUUGUUUAAAAAUGAUACAAUUCUUUCCUUGGCAGAACAAAUUCAGUUUACUGAAGAUGUUGAAAGUGCUAUCAAAGACCAUCACCUGCAGCAAUUAGAAUUAGAACUCAUGGCUAAACUGGAACAUUAUACUAGCAUUGAUACUAGUAUAGAAGAUACUAGGAGUACAGAAUCAGGAAUCCUUGAGCUUAAGCUUAAAGCUCUGAUUCUUGAUAUCAUUCAUAACAUUGAUGUGGUGAAGCAGCUGAAUCAAGCUCAAGUUCACAAUGUUGAAGACUGGGCUUGGAAGAAGCAGCUGAGAUUUUAUAUGAAGGACCAAAAAUGUUACGUUCAGAUGGUAGAUGCUGAACUCCAAUAUACUUAUGAAUAUCAGGGUAAUUCCCCUAAACUUGUUUAUACGCCAUUGACAGAUAAGUGUUACCUAACUCUUACUCAGGCUAUGAAGAUGGGCCUUGGGGGAAAUCCCUAUGGUCCAGCCGGAACUGGAAAGACAGAAUCAGUAAAGGCCUUGGGUGGACUUCUUGGAAGACAAGUGUUAGUCUUUAAUUGUGAUGAGGGCAUUGAUGUGAAGUCGAUGGGGCGCAUAUUUGUGGGCUUAGUGAAGUGUGGUGCAUGGGGCUGUUUUGAUGAAUUCAAUAGACUUGAGGAAGCUGUAUUGUCUGCAGUAUCCAUGCAGAUUCAGACAAUUCAACAUGCAUUGAAGAAACAUAGUCCUAUGUGUGAGAUGCUUGGCAAAAAGGUUGAAAUGGAUCAUAAUUCUGGAAUUUUUAUCACUCUGAAUCCUGCUGGAAAAGGUUAUGGAGGAAGACAAAAACUGCCUGAUAAUCUCAAACAACUUUUCAGGCCGGUUGCUAUGACUCAUCCAGACAAUGAACUCAUUGCAGAAGUGAUUUUGUAUUCAGAAGGCUUUAAGGAUGCCAAAAUACUCGGUAGAAAAUUAGUGGCUAUUUUUAAUCUAGCAAGGGAGCUUCUGACACCACAGCAGCACUAUGAUUGGGGUUUACGAGCAUUGAAGACUGUUUUGAGAGGCUGUGGCAGUCUUCUCCAUCAGAUGAAGAAAAGUGAAGCAAAGCAAGAAAUUAAUGAAAGUCACAUGGUGGUUCAAGCUCUGCGGCUUAAUACCAUGUCAAAGCUUACAUUUGCAGACUGCGCACGUUUUGAUGCACUGGUUAAAGAUGUGUUUCCUGGCAUUGACUUUAAAGAUGUGGAGUAUACUGAGUUAACUACAGCUUUACAACAAGUCUUUGAAGAAGCAAACUUGGAAAUUAUAAGCACCCAGAUCAAGAAGGCUUUGGAAUUAUAUGAACAACUACGUCAAAGAAUGGGUGUAGUUAUUGUAGGUCCAAGUGGUGGAGGUAAAUCAACACUUUGGCGAAUGUUAAAGACAGCACUUGGUAAAAUUGGCAAAGUAGUGAAACAGUACACUAUGAAUCCCAAAGCUAUGCCUCGCCAUCAGUUGCUAGGCCAUAUUGACAUGGAUACCAGAGAAUGGUCUGAUGGCGUGCUUACAAAUAGUGCUCGACAAGUGGUACGAGAACCCCAAGAUACUACUUCAUGGAUAAUUUGUGAUGGUGAUAUUGAUCCUGAAUGGAUUGAAUCUUUGAAUUCCGUUUUGGAUGACAACAGAUUGUUGACUAUGCCCAGUGGAGAAAGAAUUCAAUUUGGCUCAAAUGUCAAUUUCAUAUUUGAAACUCAUGACCUUAGCUGUGCCUCUCCUGCUACAAUAUCUCGAAUGGGAAUGAUCUUUCUGAGUGAUGAAGAUACAGAUCUUAAUUCUCUGAUAAAGUCUUGGCUAAGAAGUCAACCUGAAGAAUGCAGAUACAACCUUGAAAACUGGAUUGGGGACUAUUUUGAAAAGGCUUUAAACUGGGUUGUGAAGAAGAAUGACUCUGUGGUAGAAACAAGUUUAGUUGGAACUGUGAUGAAUGGACUGUCUCAUCUUCAUGGGUGUACUGAUCGUGGACAGUUUGUUGUUAACUUGUUACGUGGUCUUGGUGGCAAUCUCAACAUGAAAUCACGAAAAGAAUUUGCAAAAGAGAUCUUCAGAUGGGCACAAGAAUCUCCACCAGAUCCAAGGAAGCCGCUGGACACAUAUUAUGAUACUGACACUGGACAGCUAAUGCUGUAUCAGCUGAAAAAACCUGAAAAUCUAACAACUGAUGACUUCAGUAAUCUCCAAACACUUCCCAUCAUCCAAACCCCUGACAUGCAGAGAGGUUUAGAUUACUUUAGACCUUGGCUAGACUUUAACAAUAAGCAGCCAUUUCUUCUUGUUGGUCCUGAGGGAUGUGGAAAGGGGAUGCUGCUUCAUUAUGCAUUUUCUCAACUUCGAUCCACGCAGAUUGCUACCAUUCACUGCAGUGCACAAACUACUUCUCAACAUCUUCUACAAAAAUUAAGUCAAACUUGCAUUGUAAUCAGUACAAACACUGGGCGAGUAUACAGACCAAAGGACUGUGAAAGGCUUGUUUUGUACUUAAAGGAUAUCAAUCUACCCAAACCUGAUAAAUGGGGAACAAGCACUCUCGUGGCUUUUCUACAGCAGGUUCUUACAUAUCAAGGAUUUUAUGAUGAAAAUCUGGAAUGGGUUGGUUUAGAAAACAUCCAAAUUGUGGCUUCCAUGUCUGCUGGAGGAACAUUAGGAAGACAUAAACUCACCUCCAGAUUUACUUCUAUUGUUCGUCUCUGUGCCAUUGACUAUCCAGAAAGAGACCAGCUGCUAACUAUUUAUAGUGCCUACUUGGAACCUGUACUACAGAAAAACCUAAAGAAUCACCCUGUUUGGGGUUCUUUACCAAAAAUACAUCAACUAGCAGGAUCUAUGGUUCAAGUAUAUGAACAGGUACGAGCAAAAUUCACAGUUGAUGAUCACGGUCAUUACCUUUUUACACCAUGUAUUCUUACUCAGUGGGUUCUUGGUUUAUUCAGAUAUGAUUUAGCAGGUGGAUCAUCGAUACAAACUGCAGACUAUGUACUGGAAAUUGUUGCUUAUGAAGCACGUCGUUUGUUCCGUGACAAAAUUGUUGGCAUGAAAGAACUUCAUGUAUUUGAUAAUGUUUUGAUGAAAGUGUUUCAAGGUGAUUGGGGCUCAGAUGUUCUGGACAAUAUGGCAGAUAUUUUCUAUGUAACUUGGGGAGCUUGUCAAGAGGCAUUCAUCACACCAGGACAGGCACUGCCACCACAUGGGAGGCCACUUGGCAGACUAAACUCAACAGACCUGAAAGAAGUUAUUCAAAAAGGUAUUAUUCAUUAUGGGCGAGACAAAAAAGAGAGAGAGAUUUUACUGUUCCAAGAAGUCCUCAGUUAUGUGUCUAAAGUGGACAGAGUGCUAAGUUUUCCUGGGGGAUCACUUCUUUUGGCAGGACGGAGUGGUGUAGGACGUCGAACAGUUACCUCUUUAGUUAGUCAUAUGCAUGGAGCUGUUCUGAUUACUCCCAAAAUUUCCAGAGGCUAUGAGCUGAAGCAGUUCAAAAAUGAUCUUAAAUAUGUUAUGGAGCUUGCGGGCAUUGAAGCACAGCAGGUGGUAUUGCUGCUCGAAGACUAUCAGUUUGUUCAUUCCACAUUCCUUGAGAUGAUCAACAGUUUACUAUCUUCAGGAGAAGUUCCUGGACUAUAUAAAAUAGAAGAAUUAGAACCAUUGCUAUCCCCUCUGAAGGAUCAAGCUUCACAAGAUGGAUUUACAGGACCAAUUUUCAACUAUUUCACAUACCGGAUCCAACAAAAUCUGCAUGUUGUCUUGAUCAUGGAUUCUACCAAUUUAAAUUUCACAAUAAACUGUGAAAGUAAUCCAGCACUGUACAAGAAAUGUCAGAUUUUGUGGAUGGAAAGCUGGUCAGAAAACAGUAUGAAAAAGAUACCUGAAAUGCUUUUGUAUGAUUUAGAUGAACAAGAAAAGACUGGAAAAGCACAUAAGGAACUUAAGCAAAAAUAUUCAGGUGAUUCUGAUUUUCUGAAGUCAUUUCUGGCAAUCCAUGAAUCCUGUAAAAUGUAUGGAGCAACGCCUAGCAGAUAUAUGACAUUCCUUCGUAUAUACAGUACCAUCAAUAACAGUAAAAGAAGAGAGCUAAUAAAAAGGCAGAACCACUUGCAGGCAGGUGUUUCAAAGCUGAACGAAGCUAAAGCCCUAGUAGAUGAACUGAACAGAAAAGCUGGAGAACAAAGCAUUUUACUCAAAACAAAGCAGGAUGAGGCUGAUGCUGCCCUUCAAGAAAUUACAGUAUCUAUGCAGAGUGCUAGUGAGCAAAAAACAGAAAUGGAAAAAAUAAAACACCGGAUAGCAGAAGAGGCUGCAGAAAUAGAAGAAAGAAAAAAGAAAAUUGAAGAUGAACUAAAAGAGGUUCAGCCACUCGUUAAUGAAGCUAAAUUAGCAGUUGGAAAUAUAAAGCCAGAGUCUUUGUCAGAAAUCCGGUCACUACGGAUGCCCCCUGACAUAAUCAGAGACAUACUAGAAGGAGUUUUACGGCUGAUGGGGAUUUUUGAUACAUCAUGGGUGAGCAUGAAGAGUUUCUUGGCCAAAAGAGGUGUGAGAGAGGACAUAGCAACCUUUGAUGCCCGUAGUAUUCCAAAAGAAAUACGGGAGAGUGUUGAAGAACUUCUUUCUAAAAACCGAACAUCUUUUGAUCCAAAGAAUGCUAAACGAGCCAGUGCUGCAGCUGCUCCAUUAGCUGCUUGGGUGAAUGCCAAUGUCCAGUAUUCCCAUGUCCUGGAACGAAUUCAGCCUUUGGAAAAAGAAAAGGCUGGCUUGGAAGCUAAUCUCAAGAAAACUAAAGAUAGAAAACAGAAGUUAGAAGAUCUUCUGAACUCUGUUGGUCAAAAAGUGUCAGAACUGAAAGAUAAGUUCCAGAGUAGAACAACAGAAGCAGCAAAACUUGAAGCAGAACUAAGUAAAGCUCAGAAAACAUUGAAAGCUGCAGAGGUACUGAUAAAUCAACUUGAUAGGGAACACAAAAGAUGGAGCACCCAGGUGUCAGAGAUAACAGAUGAACUGGCUACGUUGCCUAAAAGAGCUCAGUUAGCAGCUGCAUUUAUUACCUAUCUUUCUGCUGCUCCUGAGGAUCAGAGGAAAACCAGCUUGGAUGAAUGGAUCAAAUCAGCAGGCCUUGAAAAGUUCGAUUUACGACGAUUCCUGUGUACAGAAAGUGAGGAGUUAGUUUGGAAAAGUGAAGGUUUACCUUCAGAUGACCUUUCGAUAGAAAAUGCUCUUGUCAUCUUGCAGAGUAAGGUUUGCCCAUUUUUGAUAGACCCUUCUUUCCGAGCUACUGAAUGGUUGAAGACACAUUUGAAGGAAGCACGUUUGGAAGUUAUUAAUCAACAGGACACCAACUUCCUAACUGCUCUUGAGUUGGCAGUGAGAUUUGGGAAAACACUUAUUAUACAGGAAAUGGAUGGAGUGGAGCCUGUACUUUACCCAUUGCUAAGAAAUGAUCUUAUAGCUCAAGGACCCCGUUACGCUAUACAAAUAGGUGACAAAAUGAUAGAUUAUAAUGAAGAGUUCCGUCUUUUUCUGUCUACAAGGAACCCAAAUCCCUCCAUUCCACCUGAUGCUUCUUCUAUUGUUACAGAAGUAAACUUUACCACAACAGGAAGUGGCUUAAGAGGACAGCUUUUGGCUUUAACAAUUCAGCAUGAAAAGCCUGAUUUGGAAGAGCAGAAAACAAAACUGUUACAACAAGAAGAAGAGAAGAAGAUACAGUUAGCUAAGCUUGAGGAAUCUCUUUUGGAGACACUUGCAACAUCACAAGGCAAUAUACUAGAAAAUAAGGAUCUGAUUGAAUCUUUGAAUCAGACUAAAGCAAGUAGUGCACUCAUCCAAGAAUCACUUGCUGAGUCUCACAGACUUCAGAGUUUCCUUGAUAAGGAGAGGGACGCCUAUCUCCCUUUAGCUGAGAGUGCUAGCAAGAUGUACUUUACUAUCUCUGACUUGUCCAAAAUUAAUAAUAUGUACCGGUUUAGUUUGGCAGCUUUCCUGCGGCUUUUCCAAAGGACUCUGCAAAGCAAGCAGGAUUCAAGUAGUACUGAGGAAAGAAUCAAGUCGCUUAUUGGCUCCUUGAAACAUACAGUGUAUGAAUAUGUUUGUCGUUGUUUGUUUAAGGCUGAUCAGCUAAUGUUUGCUCUACAUUUUGUACGAGGAAUGCACCCUGAACUUUUUCAAGAGAAUGAAUGGGAGACUUUUACGGGUGUGAUCAUUGGAGAUACCAUAAGAAAAUCAGAUUCACAAAGAAGUGUUCGUGACCAGAUUCCCUCUUGGAUAGAACAGGACAGAGUCUGGGCAGUAGCAUCUUUGAAGAUGUCUCUCCCAGGUCUUUAUCAGACACUUUGCUUUGAAGAUGAAGGUCUGUGGCACACUUUUUCUCAGAACUCUGUUUGUGAACAAAACUUUCCAUCUGCUAUUCUGAAAAGAAUUUCCUUAUUUCAGCAGGUACUUGUGGUCCAGGCUGUACGACCAGACAGGUUACAGAGUGCCAUGGCUCUUUUUGCAUGUAAAACCCUAGGAAUAAAAGAAUUAUCUCCGUUGCCUCUGAACUUGAAACGUCUGUAUAGAGAGACUCUGGAAAUUGAGCCUAUCUUGAUAAUUAUUUCUCCUGGUGCCGAUCCUUCUCAAGAGUUGCAAGAACUUGCCAGUGUUGAAAGAAAUACGGAGUGCUACCAUCAGAUUGCAAUGGGCCAAGGCCAAGCUGACCUGGCUAUUCAAACUUUAAAAGAAUGUGCACGCAAUGGAGAAUGGCUGUGUUUAAAGAACCUGCAUCUUGUUACAUCUUGGCUUCCUGUAUUGGAAAAGGAACUGAAUACAUUACAGCCUCAACCAAACUUUCGCCUUUGGGUUACUACUGAAGUUCAUCCAAAAUUUACUCCGAUUUUGCUUCAAUCAAGUCUGAAAAUAACUUACGAAGCACCUCCAGGCCUCAAAAAGAAUCUCUUGCGAACCUAUGAGUCUUGGACACCCGAGCAAAUUAAUAAAAAAGGAAAUUUGUCUCGAGCGCAUUCUCUCUUUUGUUUAGCAUGGUUUCAUGCUGUAUGCCAAGAAAGAAGAAAUUAUAUUCCUCAGGGUUGGACCAAGUUUUAUGAAUUUUCUUUAUCUGAUCUCCGUGCUGGUUUUGACAUUAUUGAUACGCUCUUUGAGGGUUCCAAAGAUUUUCAGUGGGAAUUUGUGCAUGGCUUGUUUGAAAAUGCAAUUUAUGGAGGCCGUGUAGAUAAUUACUUCGAUAUGAGGGUUCUUCGAUCCUACUUGGAGCAGCUUUUCAAUUCACGAGUCAUUGGCAGUUUAAAUGCUAGAGGCAAGAAGACGACUGGUUUCCCAUAUUCUAUCUCUUUACCGAAUUCCUGCAGUAUUUUGGAUUAUCGUAAUAUUAUUGAAAGCCUUCCAGAAGAUGAUAAACCUGACUUUUUUGGCCUGCCUGCUAAUAUUGCUCGUUCAUCACAACGUAUGAUCAGUUCCCAG